CUUUUAUUUUUGGUUUUUAUUUUUAUGGUUUUAGUAAUUAACUCGUGCCUCCCUUUGUCGUUCUCUCUCUCACAAAGAAAACAACCACCACUACCGCUCCAUUGCCACCGAUCAAAACGCCGUCGUUUUGGGCAGGGCGUGGAGAUUCAUUGCGGCAUUUGAUUUAAUUGCACGCUCUCAUGCGGUUAGCGCCAGAUUCACAUUUCGCGCAACUUAGGUACCUUCAUUUCUUCCAAUUGAAGUUUGUUGCAAUUUUAGGGGGAAGAUUCCACGGUUGUACCUGCUGCAGCUUCAAUUUUCGAUGUAACUUUAUCACGAAAAUAUGUGGAUUGUGUCGCUGUAUCUUUUUCACGAUUGAUGCAAGGGUUUCUGGGAAUUUGAAGUAGACGCUGGAAUCGGAUAACUGACGAGGGUGGUGAUUUCGAUUCGUGGGUGGGUUAGGGCUUUCGGGGAAGGUUUUAGGGAUUUGUAGGGUUUAAGUAUGCUUUAGCUGGUUAUUUAAUUCAAAUCGGGCCGUUUCCUAUUGGCGGAAUGAUUAUGGUAGGUUGAGAAUGGUGAGGCUCUUAGGAUUGAAUCGUGGGGAGGUCGAUGAACCCAGGGAAAUUGCGUCGAGGCCUAAUUUGACAAGUGAGUCCAGUGAAAAUGGGUGGCUCAUCAGGUUCUUUGACUCAUCGUUCUUCUGUGAGUGGAUUGCUGUUAGCUACCUGUACAAGCAUGACCACUCCGGGGUGCGUGAUUACCUGUGUAAUAGAAUGUACACACUUCCCUUGCACGGAAUUGAGAGUUAUUUGUUCCAAGUAUGUUACAUGAUGAUACACAAGCCGAGUCCAUCUUUGGAUAAGUUCGUCAUAGACGUCUGCUGCAAGUCGCUUAAGAUUGCUUUGAAGGUGCAUUGGUUCUUAUUGGCAGAGCUUGAGGACUCCGAUGAUAAUGAAGGAAUUAGUAGGAUUCAAGAAAAGUGCCAGAUUGCAGCCACCUUAAUGGGUGAGUGGCCGCCCUUGAUAAGGCCUCAAAGUGCUCCUACAACCCCAGGAGGCAAGAGCCAAGUUUUGAAUAAGAUAUUCUCAUCAAAACAGCGAUUGUUGUCACUAACAUCUUCACCGCUCCCUCAGAGGUCUAUGUCAUUCUCACCUUCAUCAGGAAACAAUUUGCAGGAGGAUGGUAGUCCGCAAUCUACUGAGGAAAACAAGUUAUUUAAGAAGUUUAUGCCAGGUCCAAAAGUUAGAGAUGCUUUGCUUUUUAGAAAGUCAGCGGAGAAAGAUGACGAUGAGUCUGAAAAAGAUGGUUUUUUCAAGAGGCUUUUAAGAGAUAGCAAGGGUGAAGAUGAGUUGGGCCAGAAGAUUCGUGAGGCUUUUGUCUUCCGUAAAUCGUCUGAGAAGUGUGACGAAGAUUCUGAAAAGGAUAAUUUCUUUAAAAGGUUCUUAAGGGAUGGUAGAGGGGAUGAUGAAGAAUCUGAAAGGGAUGGUUUCUUUAAAAGGCUCUUAAGAGACAGUAAAGGUGAGGAUGAGGAUUUGCCCUCUAGUUCAGAUGGAUUCUUUAAGAGAUUGUUUCGUGAUAGCAAGAAUGAUUCCGAGGAUAGAACACCCAAUAAGACAAUGGAGGAUGAAGAAAAAGAGGGUUUUUUCAGAAAGUUUUUCAGAGAGAAGUCUGAGGAUAAGAAGGAUGGGAAUGACGAAGGAGAUAUUGCAAAUUCUGAAGAGAAAUGUGCAAAGCCUGCUGAAGAGGAUGAAAAAGAAGGGUUUUUCCGAAAAUUCUUUAAGGACAAAUUUGAAGACAAGAAAGAUACAAGUGACAAAAUUGAAGAUGGUACAACCAAUGUUGAGGAAGAACCCUCUGAAUUUUCUUUGUUCAAAAGAAUUUUCCGUGUGCAUCCUGAAGACAGUAAAAGUAGUUCAGCCAGUGAAAACAAUGGUGGGUUGUAUGAAAGUAGUCCGGGUACAGAGAAUUUCUUCCGUAAAUUGUUUAGAGACCGUGAUCGAUCAAUUGAAGAUUCUGAGCUAUUAGGGUCAAAAAGGCAGAAAGAGAAGCAUCCCGGAUCACCAAAGCAGCAAAAUGAGAAAUCAGGAACAAAACCUCCACUUCCAAUUAAUCCAUCGCAGUUCCGGAAAGGAGCUUACCACGAAUCAUUGGAUUUUGUGCUGACGUUAUGUGAGACAUCAUUUGGGCUGGUGGAUGUAUUUCCAGUAGAAGACCGCAAAGAUGCCCUGCAUGAGUCACUUGCAGAGAUCAAUUUACAUUUAAUAGAGGCUCACAAUAUUGGAGGAGUUUGCUUUCCGUUGGGAAAGGGCAUGUACCGUGUACUUCAUAUACCUGAAGAUGAAGCUAUUAUCUUGAAUUCUAGGGAGAAGGCACCGUACAUGAUAUGUGUUGAAGUUUUGAGAUGUGAAAUGCCAAGCAAUUCCAAGGAGACAUCUAGUUCUCAGAAACUUUCGAAAGGGGGGAUUCCUUUGGCAAAUGGAGAUGCUUUCUUUCAAAAACCACCCCCUUGGGCAUAUCCAUUAUGGACAGCUCAAGAAGCAUAUCGCAAUAGCAAUGAUAGAAUGUCCAGAUCAACUGCUGAGGCUAUUGACCAGGCAAUGACCCAUGUGGCUGAUGCAAAAGUCAAAUUUGUUAGUGUGAAUCUUUCUGUGAAAGCACCAUUUCGUUGUAGGUCAGAAAAUACUGUAGCAGAUCUCUGUUAUGGCAUUACGCAUCCUUCAAUUUACAGAGAUGGUAUACAAGAAAUGGCUAGGUCAGGACAUGACAGUGAUAUGGAGUGGGUGCAGGUAGUAUUAAAAGCUGAUCCUGGGGUAAAAAUGGAAGAUAUUGAGGAUCAAACACCAAGACGGCGGAAGGAACAUCGACGUGUUCCAAGUACAGUGGCAAUAGAGGAAGUAAAGGCUGCGGCAGCAAAGGGAGAAGCACCCCUUGGACUCCCUUUGAAAGGUGCUGGUCAAGAUUCAUCAGAUGCACCACCAAGGGCUAAUGGAAUUAUCCCCAAAGCUAGUGAUGCCUUGUCUGGUGAACUUUGGGAGGUAAAGAAAGAGAGGAUCCGCAAAGCUUCUGUCCAUGGGAACUUACCUGGUUGGGACUUGCGAUCUGUAAUUGUAAAAAGCGGGGAUGAUUGUAGGCAGGAGCAUCUGGCAGUUCAACUUAUUUCACACUUCUAUGAUAUUUUCCAAGAAGCUGGCUUACCUCUCUGGCUGCGCCCAUAUGAAGUGUUAUGUACUUCUUCUUACACUGCUCUAAUUGAAACAAUUCCAGAUACGGCUUCUAUACAUUCUAUAAAGAGUAGGUACCCUAACAUCUCAAGUUUACGUGAAUUUUUCAUUGCCAAGUAUCAAGAUGAUUCUCCAAGUUUUAAACUUGCCCAGAGGAACUUCGUAGAAAGUAUGGCCGGAUAUUCCCUGGUUUGCUACCUUCUUCAGGUGAAGGAUAGGCAUAAUGGGAACCUCUUAAUGGAUGAAGAAGGUCAUAUUAUACAUAUUGAUUUUGGUUUCAUGCUUUCUAACUCACCUGGUGGUGUUAAUUUUGAAAGUGCACCUUUCAAAUUAACCCGAGAGCUUCUUGAGGUCAUGGAUUCUGAUGCUGAGGGAAUUCCAAGCGAGUUCUUUGAUUAUUUCAAGGUUUUAUGCAUUCAAGGCUUCCUUACUUGCCGUAAGCAUGCUGAGCGUGUUAUUCUUCUUGUUGAGAUGUUACAGGACUCUGAUUUCCCCUGCUUUAAAGGUGGUCCACGGACAAUACAGAACCUACGAAAGCGUUUCCAUCUCAAUUUAACCGAAGAGCAAUGUGUAUCUUUGGUGCUUUCCCUCAUUAGCAGCAGUCUGGAUGCAUGGCGGACUAGGCAAUAUGAUUAUUACCAGAGGGUUUUGAACGGGAUUUUGUGAAAUAGUUUGUCAAUGAUGAUCGUUUGCUUGUUCCCUUUUGACUAAAGCUCGCACGGUGAUUGUUCAUCAAAUAGUAUUUGCUUUUAUAAGUCAUUGGAGGAUGGUUGGUUCACUGUGAUAUGGCUUUUAGAGUUUUCUGAGAAGAAUUAAUAGAUGGCAGAGUGCAGCCUCUAUUCUCCUUGUGAGGGUGGGAGGAAGAUUCUGACGCGAAAAAGUACUUUCCACAGUCUUAGGCUAAAUUUACUUGAGCCAAGUCUUUUUGAUUUUUUCAUCCUUGUUUCUUGUGAAUGAAGCUCUGCUGCCUGGAGAAAUUGCACAAGCCCCUCAAAAAUGCUGAGAUGGUGCAAAUUGUACAGUGAUUAUAGCGGGAAUACGGACCAGAUUUAUAUUGGAUGUGGGUAUGAGUUCUGUGUAAACUGUUUGAUUGGUUCAUCCAAGUCUUUCCGUUGAGCUGCUCAGCAUAUACCGACCUGUUAUCAUUUUGGAUAUCUGUUAACAUGGGCAGACCAUCAGUUGGCAAACUGCUGUUAUUUUUUUCUGAUCUCAGCUGAUCAAUGGCGUCUGUCUUCCCAGAUUUUAUUCUUCAAUGCUUAAACUGGAAAUUGUUCUCAAAAUUCUUUGAUGAUAUUUGAUUGUAUCAUGUGUAAUCGAUCCUGUUUACUAUCACGGUGAAAUUUGUUCACCUUCAUAUCUAUCGUAAAGUUUUGGUGGCAUAGUGUA